CCGGGGCCGGGGGCGGGUCCCGGCAUGGAGCCCGAGACGCUGGAGGCUCGCAUCAACAAGGCCACCAGCCCGCUGAACCGGGACCUGGACUGGGACGGCAUCGGCGCCUUCUGCGAGCAGCUCAACAAGGAGCUGGAGGGCCCUCCGCUCGCCACCCGGCUGCUGGCGCACAAGAUCCAGUCCCCGCAGGAAUGGGAAGCCAUCCAGGCCCUCACGGUGCUGGAGUCGUGCAUGAAGAGCUGCGGCAAGCGCUUCCACGAUGAGGUGGGCAAGUUCCGCUUCCUCAACGAGCUCAUCAAGGUGGUGUCACCCAAGUAUCUUGGCAGCCGGACACCAGAAAAAGUGAAGUCCAAGAUCCUGGAGCUGAUGUACAGCUGGACGCUGGGGCUGCCUCACGAGGUGAAGAUCUUGGAGGCCUACCAGAUGCUGAAGAAACAAGGUAUUGUGAAAUGUGACCCCAAACUGCCUGACGAUGCUCCUUUUCCGCCACCUCCUCCUCGUCCCAAGAACAUCAUCUUUGACGACGAAGAGAAAUCGAAGAUACUGGCUCGCCUCCUGAAAAGUUCCCAUCCCGAGGACCUCCGGGCUGCCAACAAGCUCAUCAAGGAGAUGGUUCAGGAGGACCAGAAGCGCAUGGAGAAGAUCUCCAAGAGGGUGAAUGCCAUCGAGGAGGUGAACAACAACGUGAAGCUGCUGACAGAGAUGGUGACGAACUACAGCAAGGGGGAGACGACGGAGAGCAACGAGGACCUAAUGAAGGAGCUGUAUCAGCGCUGCGAGCGCAUGAGGCCCAUGCUUUUCCGGCUCGCCAGUGACACAGAAGACAAUGAUGAAGCUUUGGCGGAGAUCCUGCAAGCCAACGACAACCUGACACAGGUGAUCAAUCUCUACAAGCAGCUUGUGCGGGGAGAAGAGAUCAACGGGGAGAUGAUGGCUGGUCCCCUUCGAGGCAGCACCUCAGCACUUCUGGAUCUGUCAGGACUGGACCUCCCAGCAACAGGCCCUUCCUACCCAGCCAUGCCCACCCUCUCAGGUGGCUCGGCAGUCGCUGUGCCUGACCAGGCUGGCUCUGUCUCACUGUUGGACGAUGAACUCAUGUCUUUAGGCCUGAACGAUCCAGCACCGCAUCCUGCCCAGGCUGGUGACAGCAGUGGCUGGAACAGCUUCCAGUCAUCAGAUAGCAGCGAGCUCAACAUCGCCGCCGUUGUGGCAGCACCGCCAGUCAAAGCAGAUGCUGGCACGUCCUCCCCCAAACCUUCGGCUUGCACGAGUGGCCUGGACGACUUGGACCUCCUGGGCAAGACUCUGCUGCAACAGUCUUUGCCUCCGGAGUCCCAACAAGUGCGAUGGGAGAAGCAGCCACCCCCCCGGCUCACCCUGAGGGAUCUCCAGAACCGGAGCAGCUCUGGCACCGCAGCCCCCAACCCCAGCGCUCUGCCCGUGCUGCAGAGCACUUCUCCUAACCCCCCGCUGCCCCUGACCUCGGAGGUGCCUGCCCCUGCUGCGCUUCCAAAAGCUGCUACCACGCCGCCGGGAAGCGCUCCUGGCCCAGCACGGCCUCCUGCCACCACGCUGCCCCAGGAGAUCUCGCUGGCCAACAUCACUGUGCCUCUGGAGUCGAUCAAACCCAGCAGCAUCCUCCCUGUGACGGUGUACGACCAGCAUGGUUUUCGUGUCCUCUUCCACUUCGCGAAGGACGCCCUGCCCGAGAGGCCUGACGUGCUGGUGGUGGUGAUUUCUAUGCUUAGCACGGCCCCGCAGCCCAUCCGAAACAUUGUCUUUCAGUCUGCUGUCCCCAAGGUGAUGAAGGUGAAGCUACAGCCUCCCUCGGGCACGGAGCUGCCGGCCUUCAACCCCAUUGUCCAUCCCAGUGCCAUCACACAAGUCCUGCUGCUCGCUAACCCACAGAAGGAGAAAGUGAGGCUACGAUAUAAGCUGACCUUCACCAUGGGAGAGCAAACCUACAAUGAAAUGGGGGAUGUGGACCAGUUCCCCCCACCGGAGUCCUGGGGAAACCUCUAGGGCCGCACGUUGCAGGCACUACAUUGCAGAGUCCUUGGGAAAACAGCCCUGGGGGGCUGGGGCAGCCUGAGGAGACGGGGAGGGUGGGUGGGGGGCUGCUGCUCACGCUCUGCUCCAGACGGCCGGGCAAGGGCCAGAGGGAGCCUGCCUCCAGGGUGAGAGCAGAGACGCCAGGAGAUGUUCGUCCCACAGGACCAGAAGCGCAGUCGAGCUUCUUGCGGGUGAACGGUUGCCUUCCCUGCUCUUCCGAAGGCAUUUCUCCCUCUCCAGUUUGUCCAGCUUCUCUUCUAACCUCGCUUUUCCCCUCUAGGUGCAGUGGGGAGUGCGGAGGGGGAGCUUUAAGAGCCUCAGCCUGGGGCAAGGUGUAGCGAAGGAAGAUCCUUUCCCGUGUCUGUCCUCCCUCCGCCCUUCCCAGCCCUUCAGCUGCUUCGUGCUCUGCACUGCUCCCUUGCGUUAGCGAAUGCUGAGUUCUCGGGGCUUCCCCCUUGCCCUCUCCUGGGAGCUGGACCCCCUUUCUGGUGGGAUCACCCUGGAGCUGGUGCAGAACGAGGCUGAACGGGGACUUGGGUGUCUUUCCAGCACCACAGAGCGGGCACCCAUCCUUGUUUCGGGGGGCCAGGGGGAGAUUUUCCACUCCCCCCCUCCUUCCAGGGGCAGGCAGAGCUGUCGGUGGGAGGUGGGCAGUGGGAAGGGCUUGCCCCGUGCCUCGCCAUCCCCUUCAGCUCUGCAUCCUUGGCUUCUGGGCGCUGAAACCCUGCAGGGAGGAAGCGUGCAGCCUUCCUCUGUGCUUCAUGUGCCGCAGCAGGCAUUCGGGACUGCGGCUGCACCAUCACACCUCCUUGUCCCGCGUGCCAGCCCUGCGAGGGGCAUGUUCAAAAGGGGCCUUCUGCGGGGGGCCGAGCCUCCCCCCAGCCUUCUGCCGGGCAGGGAAGGGAAGCCACAGAUUCUCUGCGCUCCCCUGGCUGGGCUGGAAGAGACGGACGAGGAGGUGGGAUGGUUUCUUCCAGCUCUGCUCUCCCCUUGCAGCAGGGGAAGCGACAGGCUGGGGGGCAGGCCGGAGCCCAGCGCAUCACCAGGGGGCACCACUAAGCUCUGCACUGGGAGCCCAGCGCCACGCUGGGGGGGGGGGAGAAAACGGGGUACGGCUGUGCCCUGUGCACCUUUACCCCCCCAGUUUUCUCUCCCUGCAGCGGGGAGGGGGCUCGCCCGGCCGCCCGAUCACUGUGACACGAGAGCGGGGAUCUGCAGGCGGGGAGGAGACCAGGGGGUGGCACGGCCCUGGCAAUCCCCAUCACGUAGGAGCUGCUUCCCUUCCCUAAGCUGUUUUUAACCAGGCUGGAUCUUGGGGGCAAGCUGUGGUCCUGCUCAGCUUGCUGGAGAUAGAAGGAAAAUUGCACAAGGUGGAGAGGAGUUGGGAGGCUUUGUGCUCUCUGCUUGAGGGGUGGGAGCUGGGGGCAGUGAGUGGCAGAGGAGAGGGGGAAGCGAGGUCUUUGUGCUGGGGGUUCUGCUGUGGCUUACUUCCCUUUCUGGUCUCUUCAGGGUUUUGUAUGGUUGUUUUUUUUUUUUUUUUUCUUUGCAGAUCUUGUUUGGUUCGAGAACAGACUUGUAUAUAUUUUCAGUGCAAAUUCUGUAAAUGGAAGAAAACAAACGGAAAAAAAAAAUUAAAAACGCCCGGCGCGAAGAAUCUGCUGUAUUUAUGGGAAAUAAAGAGUUCUUU